UGGCCUCGAGAGAGUGAGGGUAAUGGAGGCCAACGUGCCAAAGCGGAAGGAGCCGGGAAAAUCCCUCCGCAUCAAAGUCAUCUCCAUGGGCAACGCCGAAGUGGGGAAAAGCUGUAUUAUAAAGCGGUACUGUGAGAAAAGAUUUGUGUCUAAAUACCUUGCAACAAUUGGAAUUGACUAUGGAGUCACAAAAGUACAAGUCAGAGACAGAGAAAUCAAAGUCAACAUCUUUGAUAUGGCUGGCCAUCCCUUCUUCUAUGAGGUGCGCAAUGAGUUCUACAAGGACACACAGGGCGUGAUUCUGGUCUAUGACGUUGGGCAGAAAGACUCCUUCGAUGCCCUUGAUGCAUGGCUGGCAGAAAUGAAACAGGAGCUUGGGCCUCAUGGAAAUAUGGACAAUAUUAUAUUUGUGGUGUGUGCCAACAAGAUCGACUGCACGAAGCACCGCUGCAUUGAUGAAAGUGAAGGGCGUCUCUGGGCUGAAAGUAAAGGGUUUCUGUAUUUUGAAACUUCAGCACAAACUGGAGAAGGUAUCAAUGAGAUGUUUCAGACCUUUUAUGUGUCCAUAGUUGACUUAUGUGAAAACGGUGGGAAGCGUCCAACUACAAACAGCAGUGCUAGUUUCACCAAAGAACAAGCAGACACAAUUCGCAGAAUUCGCAAUAGCAAAGAUAGCUGGGACAUGCUGGGAGUCAAACCCGGGGCAUCAAGGGAGGAAGUCAAUAAGGCCUACCGGAAGCUUGCUGUGCUGCUCCACCCUGACAAGUGCACGGCUCCUGGGAGUGAAGAUGCCUUCAAAGCAGUUGUGAAUGCCCGGACAGCCCUCCUGAAAAACAUCAAAUAGGAGACAGAGGGAGACAGCAUUUAGUGCAGACAGACCCCUCUAGUUGAAAAGCCUGCAUGGAGUUUUCCUUCAUGAAAUCUCUCUGCUCUGUUCUCUCAUGUGCCAUCAUUUGUAGCUCAGUAAUGCAGGUGCCUUUUACCAUCCUGCAGGCAUUUACAACAAAGGAUCUGCCUUUGCGUGAAGUGAAGAGAAGCCCGCGUCGUUAUGCACUGCUCUUCCUUUCCUAUUAUCAGAGUUGGGUUUUCUCAUCUGUUUGUAAGCUUUGUAAUGGGAGCACCCUUUAGGCUUGAGAAAGUCCAUGAGGUUACUGGAGGGAGACAAGAGACAGUGUGAAUUUCACGCUUUUACUUUUUAAUUCAUCAUCAGAGAAAAAAGUGGAGGGAGAGAAAACAAAAACAAGCAGACAACUUUCAAGCCCCCAGAAGGCUUGGUUAAAACAAGUUGUUCCAUUAUCAAUGAAAUGAGUUCCUUUGGUGAUAUUUUAAUUAUCAUUCUAUAAUUAGCUGAGUGUGGUGGCACAUUUGUAUAAUACCAGCACUAAGGAGCCUGAAACAGAAAGAUUGAGAGGUCUAAGCCUGCCUGGGCUACUAGAGUCCCUGUCUG